CUUCUAGGCGUGCUUCCUACCCAGCAGCCUUUGCGCAGCCUUCUUUAGCGACCAUCAGGACUCCAAGAUGGCUUCUGUCGUACCACUGAAAGAGAAGAAACUCUUGGAUGUGAAAGUAGGGGAGCUGCCCAGCUGGAUAUUGAUGCGGGAUUUCACCCCUUCAGGCAUUGCUGGAGCAUUUCAGAGAGGUUACUACCGGUAUUACAACAAGUACAUCAACGUGAAGAAAGGGAGCAUCGCCGGGAUUAACAUGGUGCUGGCAGCCUACGUGCUUUUCAACUACUGCCUUUCUUACAAGGAACUCAAACAUGAGCGGCGACGCAAGUACCACUGAAAAGGGGCCAGUGUGGAGGGCACUCUGCACUCUAGACUGUGACUGCCUCAUCCUGCGCCCGUCUGUGAACAGCUUAAUCAUGGCUCCAUUUGUUCAUAGCCUAAGUGAGAAUGCUCAAUAAAAGGUGACUGGUACAAGU